CCUCCUCCCCUCUCUCUCUCUUCACCACUCUGUCUAGACUUGUCAGUUUCUCCUUUUCCGUACUCUCUUCGUCAUGGGUUUGUUCCAUAUCUGCUUCUUCUCUCACUAAAACCCUCAAUCCUCAUCUGGAUCUCUCUCUACUCUCUCUCCAUAGCCCCAAUCUCUCUCUCUAGAAUAUCAUUUACAAACCUUAUAAUUAUAUAUAUAUAUAUAUAUAUCUCUAUAUCUAUAUGUAGAACUGUGUUUCAAGCUCUCAAUAGCUUCGGAUAUAGAGAAGUACAAACCCAUUUGCUUCAAACCCUAGAAAUCGAGAAAAUAGCAUCAUGGGUUGUGCUCAAUCGAAGAUUGAGAAUGAAGAGUCCGUUUCGCGAUGCAAGGACCGGAGGAAUUUCAUGAAAGAAGCAGUUUCAGCUCGGAAUGCAUUCGCUUCCGGUCACUCCGGCUAUGCCAUGGCCCUCAAGAACACCGGUGCUGCCUUGAACGAUUACGGCCAAGGCGAGGCCGAUAACAACCACCACCCCCACCAAAUGGGCGGCGGAGCUCCUCCGUCAGAACCAGCGUCCAUGAUGGAUGAGCGAACCCCCCUCCCUCCUCCGCCUCCGCCCCUGCCCAGCUUCUCUCCGGUUACGCCGCUACAGCGUGCGGUGACCAUGCCGGAGUUCUCGGUGUCUACACCUAUUCAGAAAAUGAAAAGCGUUGUUAUUGAGGAAGAUGAGGAUGAGGGUGUUGAUGAAAUCAAUAAUGAUGAUAGAGAUAGAGAUUUAAAUCGGAGAAAUCAACGAAAUGUGGUUAGGGAGGUGAGAACGGAGACACCAUUGCCGCCACCGCCCCCACCGAUGACCCCUCCGCCGGGGUCGAAAGGUGGGGCUUGGGAUUACUUCUUCGAUGUUGAAAACAUGCCAGGAUCAUCAUUGGAACAUGAUGAGGAUGUGGACAAAAAUGAUGAGAAUGGAAGAGAAAUGUUUGAUGAAACAUAUGGUGGGAUGGAAAAUGUGGGUAAUAUGAAUGGCGGGGUUGGUGAAUUGGGUGGAAACAUGGGUGGGUUAGAGUCGAAGACACCGGAGAAGGUGGUGAUGGAGGAGAUGGAUACGGAGGAGGAGACUCCGGUGGUGAAGACAGAAACGCAAUUUAUGCAUUCAAAUACUGCGCCGGCAGACGUUAGGAGAGCUAUUAGUAACAGAGUUGGGUCUAGUGUGAGUUUGUUGAAAUUAUUGAAUGACAUUGAUGAUCAUUUCUUGAAGGCAUCAGAGUGUGCCCAGGAGGUCUCCAAGAUGCUCGAGGCGACUCGGUUGCAUUAUCAUUCCAACUUUGCUGAUAAUCGAGGACACAUUGAUCAUGCUGCAAGGGUCAUGCGUGUAAUUACAUGGAAUAGAUCGUUUAGAGGUGCACCAAAUGGUGAUGGUGGGAAGGACGAUUUUGAUGCAGAAGAGUAUGAGACACAUGCCACUGUUCUGGACAAGUUGCUAGCUUGGGAGAAAAAGUUAUUUGAUGAAGUAAAGGCAGGUGAGCUUAUGAAGCUUGAGUAUCAGAGGAAGGUUGCUCAGCUGAACAAGGUGAAAAAACGUGGUGGUCCUCCUGAAUCAUUGGAGAAGACCAAGGCAGCUGUAAGCCAUUUGCAUACAAGAUAUAUAGUUGACAUGCAGUCCUUGGAUUCAACAGUGUCAGAAGUAGAUCACAUACGUGAUGAUCAGUUGUACCCAAAACUUGUUGCUCUUGUUGAUGGGAUGGCAAAGAUGUGGGAAUCCAUGUGCAUACAUCACGACAAUCAGCUCAGGAUUGUUAUAGACCUCAAAUCCAUUGAUGCCUCCGAAACCCCCAAGGAAACCACCAAGCAUCACCAUGACCGCACUGUCCAGCUUUUGAAUGUCGUCCAGGAAUGGCAUUCGCAAUUUGAAAAGCUCGUGAUUAAUCAAAAAAAUUACGUUCAAGCCCUUAACAGCUGGUUGAAGUUAAACCUCAUCCCCAUAGAAAGCAGCCUGAAAGAGAAAAUCUCAUCACCACCCAGAAUCAAGAAUCCCCCCAUCCAACCUCUACUCCAGUCUUGGCACGACCUUCUUGAGAAGCUACCUGAUGAGCUUGCCAAAAGCGCGAUUGCCUCCUUUGCUGCUGUGAUAAAAACCAUUACAGUCCACCAGGAUGAAGAAAUGAAGCUGAAGGAGAAGUGCCAGGAAACUAGAAAAGAGUUUCUGCGCAAGAACCAGGCCUUUGAUGAUUGGUAUCAGAAGUACAUGCAAAAGAGAACCCCACCUGAUGAAACGGAUCCCGAGAGAGGUGAAACUACAAAUCCCAAAGAUCCCAUUUCGGAGAAGCAGUUUGCAGUGGACAGCUUGAAGAAGAGGUUGGAAGAGGAAGUGGAAGAUCACCAAAAGCACUGUAUUCAGGUGAGGGAAAAGUCACUGGGGAGCCUCAAAACUCGGCUGCCUGAGCUUUUCCGGGCUAUGUCAGACUACUCUCAUGCUUGUUCGGAUGCUUAUGAAAGACUCAGAUUGAUCACACAAUCACACAAACUGAAUGGGGGUUCGUGACAAUCUCUGAUCUCUGCUUUGUUAGGAAACUUGUGUUUUGUCACUUCUAUUUUAUUAGGCAAACUGUUGUAUUUGUAUGUAAGGGUUUAAGGUUUUUGUUGUCUUGCAGUGUUGUUCUUCUUGAUUUGGAAAAGAGGACUUGGUUCA